AUGGACGAACAUCAUGUCACUGCCCAUGGACCCAUGGAGCCCAUCGACCCAUGUCAUUGCAGCGUGGACGAGUAUCAUGUCGAGUACCAUGGAACCAUGAACCCGAUGUCAUUGCGUCAUGGACGAACAUCAUGUCACUCCUAUGGACCCAUGGAGCCCAUCGACCUACGUCGUUGCGGAAUUGGACGAGUAUCGGGUCGAGUAUCAUGGACGAGUACCAUGGACCCAUAUCAUUGCGUCGCGGUGCCCAGCCCCGGGGGAUUUGGAGCCCUGCGCGGUGGCAGGCGUUUGGAGGAGGUUCGAGUGAAAGCGUAG